GAAAAUCCAUUAUCACUAGGCAUUCAAUUACAAGGUGUCUGUUAACUAUGGAUUUUAGAUUAGUUGCUUGUACGCUAACUAAUGCAGAUAGUCAAUUCGGAGCUUACUGAGACUGUUGUUAGAUGUCCUGAUCAUAUCGCUAAUUUAUUAAACAAUCUUUGAACAAAGAAUAUGUAUGGUUUUAAAAUAAUGUAUUGGUUAUUCAGCUAAAAAUAAAUCAGUCAUCAGUCCACUAAUUCAAUUAUUCACUUACCUAUCAUAUUUGCUUUAGUAUAAGUGAUUAACACGUGACAAAUAAAUUCUUUUACAAUUUACUUUUAAUAACUUUUUUAAUCACAAGUUAAAAAUUUCCUAACCAACCAGAAAAAGAAAAUUAAUAGUCUAUGUGGCAUAUAAAGAACAUCCUCAUAUUAACUUAUAAGAAUAAUUUUAUUCAUAGUGAGUAUACUGAUCUCUCUAAUAUACCAUGAUGCAUUUUGGACUAACACAACGUGAACUACUUCAGUAUACACAGACUACACAGCCGAAUGUUCUAAAACCGGGAGUCAUAGAUGAAGUAGUGAACGUGUUGUUGAAACACUAUGAAAAAUGUGAAGAUGAACGAAUCCACAGUUUAGCUGAAAUUGAACGUAAACGUAUGCAAAAUCUGGAAGCAGAGACUGAACUAAAACAGAUACAUUUGUGUUUGAAGCGAGAACCUAAAUGUCAGACUAAGAAACUGACCAGAAAAACUGUAAAACCAUCCAUAAUUUGGAUGGAAACCCAGAAACCUGGGAUGCAUCCCCCACCCGAUUCAGAAAGACGCAAGAAAAUAAAAGAUAAUGAUCUAUUAGCUAAGACAGAAAAUGACAUUUUCAACCAAACAGAUAAUGAUCCAAAUUACAGACAUACCGAUGUAAACCAUUCAAAUCGACCAAAAGAAUUAGAUCCUGAUGCAUGCUUACAUUUACCUCUUGGUUUGGUAAGAAAUCCAACUCCAAGAACAAAGAAGUUUUUAUCAUCCGAGACUAAUGAAUCACUUUAUGCUACUGCAAAUCAAAUAGUUUAUUCGUCAACUGAAGAUCAAGCUCAAAAGCGCUGACAAAGAAAGGGAGCCAUAAUUUAAUUCAGUCGACAGAAUAUUGUUUGAUGGAUGCUUUUUCUAAAGAAAACGAUCAUUAUUUAUAAUAAGCGUUUUAUUGGUGUUAUUAAUUUUUUUCAGAAAUUAUAAAUAAUCAAAAUUUUGAUUGCG